CUGCAGCCUGAUUUCGACGAAUGUUGAACCCACCCCUCAAGUUUUCUUUCAGCCAUCUUCAUUUUCCUGUGUCUGAAUAUUUGGUGCAUAUUCCGAUCAAUGUGGACAUGGAAUUCCAAGACCAGAAAGUCUUCCUCGCUUCACCGGCGGUCAUCAUGAGUCUUCACCCGCAAUCUGAAUCGACCUAUAUUAGUCCAGCUACCCCCCAACCGCUCGAACCGAUACACCCAAAAUAUACACCGGAGAUGACUGCAGUGUGGACAUGUUGCGCCUGUGGCGAUGGACCAAGCAUUGUUGCUGUUGCGUGCUUGUUUUGCGGGCAUACUAGAUGUGGCAGUUGCCCUGUUACCUAUGUCUCAAAUGACAUGAACCAGAUGGGAGAGAACGUCAUCUAGCGCUUGUGAAUCUGGUUGAAAUUCGACGAGUUAAAAGCUCCAUGUCAUCCUUCGAUCCGCCUUUGCUACUCCUCGCGACCUAUACUCUACGCACAUCCAUUACCGAUGUGGAACCGUCUACAUAUUUUUAAAAGAUUGAAGUUCUGGUACAUACGGCCACAUCAACCUGAAUAUAGGGCAUCCCGUCCGCUCUGCCGUACUCAAGCAGGUUAGAGAUGGAAUAGUACUAAAAGUCUAAAACGGUGGGUGACCACGUGGAAACUCUCUCGCCGUAGUACUAUCCUGCUUGCCUGCCAUUGGCCCGGCAUGUUACCAUACAUUCUUAGUCAGUGAGGGAUAUGUCGUUAGUUAAAGGGGGAUUAGAUUGUUAGUUUAUGUUUUGCGCCCCUGGCAAUCCCAAGAUAGAGAGGAAAGAUCGACCGCCACA